ACAGUUACUUGUUGAGACUGGCCAGCCGGGGAGACCUGCCAGACCAUCUUACAGUUACUUGUUGAGACUGGCCAGCCGGGGAGACCUACCAGACCAUGUCACACUAUGGCACUGCUGAUUACCUGUUUCCUUCUUCUGCUGUUGUAUACAGGUACCCAGUGUUCCGACUGCCCGCCAUCCGGCUGGGGAUGUGGGGCCACGGCCUGCUUCUACAUCUACACAUGCCACAACAGCUUCUCGGGGGCCACACAGGCGUGUACACAGCAAGGACUGACGCUUGCAUCGGUUGCUUCUAAUCAGGAGCGGCAGUUUCUGAGGGAUGUCAUCGACAGUGUGGCCCCUUCCGACAACCUGUUCUGGCUGGGAGGUAUGCGAGAGACCAUCUCUGAUGAGUUCUCUUGGCUAGAUGGUUCCCCGUUCCCCUUCACGGAUGAGACCAGCAAAUUGUCCGACCUCUGCCUCAGGUACAAAGGCAUCACGUUUAACGACUUUGAAUCCAAUCAGUGCAGCCAGUGGCACCAGUACGUUUGCAGGAAUGGAACGGGGGAUAUGCCACCAGCAACUACGACGACUACCGCUACAACAACACAGAUGACAAGUAUGAUGACCCCAGACUCAACUUCAACAACACCGACGACAAGUGUUGCAACAGCCACUACGACGACAACGCCGAUGACAAGUAUGUCGACAACAGCUACCACUACGACAGCGGAGACGGCAAGUAUGACAACAGCCACCACAACAGGGUCACCUGCAGAGACAACAACUGCUGCAACAACCACUACGACAGCGGAGACGGCAAGUAUGACAACAGCCACCACAACAGGAUCACCUAUAGAGACAACAACUGCUGCAACAACAAACAACCCUGUGACAACUGAAACAUCACCAACAACGGCAACACAACAGAUAACAACACUAACACAGCCGACAACGUCAACACAACCCACAAUACUAACGACAUCAAAAGCACAACCGACCACGCAGCCGACAACAACAUUGGCACAACCGACAUCUGGAACACAACCGACAACAACAUUGGCACAACCGCCAUCUGGAACACAGCCGACAACCACAGUGGCACAACCGCCAUCUGGAACACAACCGACCACGCAGCCGACAACAUUGGCACAACCGACAUCUGGAACACAAACGACCUCAGUAGAACAAUGGACGACAGUAACAUGGAAUACCACAAUGGAAGAUCCGGCGUCCUCAACAGAGGAAACUACAUCAGCAAACACAACGACAUCAAACUCGAACGUAACCACAGCAGAAUCAUCAACACUAGGUUAUUCUCCACAAGAUGUUUCACGGGAAAUAACGAGUACUGAGUUUGGCGAAAUACCAAAUUCAGGAACUACUGCAAGAAAUACAGCAACAAGUUCGGGGGCAUCUGGGGUCAUUUUGGGAACUUCAGUAUCCGAGACACCAACUUCGGACAACGUCAGCAAUGGAAGUGUUCAGUCAUCAAAUCAGUCGCCGGGCAACCAGGGGACGGAGCCGACAAUCGCGCCUACUUCUACAAGCGCCCCCAAUGCCAGUGCGUACCAGUCGACGGUGGUUUCAAGGUGCGAGUGUUGCGCUGCGUGGAGAGAGUUCCUAAACAGGAACUUGACAUCAGGCACAUUCAGACUCGAUGACCUCCUGGUUUACAAGAAGAAGAAGUUACGCACAGUAGAUGACACGCGUAUCUCGGCACGUAGCAUUGGCGGCAGUGCUGUUUCACUGUUGGUGAUCAGCUUUCUCACAAUUGUCGUGUUAGACGCCGGUAAGCUCUUUCAUGACUUCAGGCGGAUGUACAAACAUUUAAGAGAGGCAUUUCGUCCCCAAAAUGUGAUAGACAUUCAAACCAAUCGCGUGGAUGAUGCAUAAUUGUGUAUGUAACAUUCAAAGAUUCUGUAUCAUCACAAAAUGUACACUACGAUGAACGAGACAAUAUAUUUUAUUGAAUAUUUUGGGCACCAUUCUGACAAGCGCAUAACUAUGUAUAUAAUAUAUUUUCUGUUAUCAGCGUAGCAUGUAAAUAUUGCACAAGAAUCGUAUGUAUAACAGUUUCAGAUGCUAUACAGGUUGUACAGGGAACAUACCGAUCUAGCUGGCCGAGCUGCUUCAUAUAGGAGAGGUCAUAAUGUAGGAUCAUUCGGGUCAAUAGGUAUUCACGUACAACUCCUCCUCCACCCCGUCUUCUCCUUCCACCCAGGGCACACGGUGAUUAUACAACCAAUAAUAGAUCGAACCAGAACAUAUCUUGGGCGAGGAGGACAUACAUUAUUUUCAUACUAUGGAAGUAUGUCGAUAAGGGAUUUUUGAUAGACAGAACACAUUCAAAACGUACGUUCGUUUCCGUAAAAACGGAGGUAGCAAUAUUUUUUCCAAAACACUUUUGGAACCUUAAGCAAGUGCACCAAACAAGUUUAUUGUGCGUAAAAUAACUUUCCCCCGGCUUCAUGGGCUUACUUCUAGAAAAGAUUAUCUUUGGCAACAAAAAUCUGAACUUUUAUUUUAGAAAUGUAGUUUCUUCCACCCCCAUUUGUUGUGUAAUGAAGUCAUGGUAUAGAUUUGCCCUGAACUAUAUAACAGCAAACCGAAACAUCAGUCUCAUUAACCUAGACAACAGCCUAUUUUCCAGCCGAUCCGAAUUUUGUCGUGUGAAAGUGAAAAUAGACAUCACAAACAACUAUGGUUACAC